UCGGAAGACGAGACCUGCCAGAUCUAGUGGAUAUGGUUAUGGCGUACAUAUGUAUCAGGUUUCGAGGCCAUGGCAGGGACCAAUUGGUCCGACUGAACCUCAGUCUAAGAGGUUAUUAAAUGCUAAAAGAAAGUGGGAUGCUGGCGAAUAUAAGCAUGAUUGGGAAAAGAAAGCGAACCGCAAGGCUGAUCGUGAAGAGAAUAGCAUUCCACAUUACAAACCCAUUAGGCAACCCUAUAUCUCUGAAAAACGGCAAUAUCCUCAAGGAUCUGAAUGA